AGAGGAAGGGAGAGGGAGAGAUAAAAACAUCAAUGAUGAGAAUCAUUGAUUGGCUGCCUCCUGUAUGCCCCCUACUGGGGAUGGAGCCCGCAAUCCAGGCAUGUGCCCUGAUUGGGAAUCAAACCAAUGAACUCUUGGUUCAGAGGUCGACGCUCAACCACUGAGCAACACUGGCCAGGCUGGUAGUUCAUUUUUGCUCUGGGUAAAUUGGCAGGAUGAGGAGCAGCAAAUCAAAAGAGGUGCCUUUACCAAAUCCAAGGAACUCUCAAAGCAAGGAUACUGUUCAAGCAGAUAUAACCACAUCGUGGGAUGCACAUUCUCAGACCAAGGCUGCUCUGAGACACAUUGAAAACAAAUUAGAAGUAACCCCUACAAGUACAGCUGUGUUUGAUUCUGUCAUGGAUACCAAGAAAUCUUCUGCAAGUGCUACCCGAAAAAUAAGUAGAAAAGAUGGUAGGUACCUGGAUGAUACUUGGCUUAAUGCUCCAACUUCCAAAUCUUCUAAAUCACGGAAAGAGAAAUCUCGUAGUCCUCUCAGAGUUACCACCCUGGAAAGUAAUGUAAAGAAAAAUAAUCGUGUGGAAUUCCGUGAACCUUUGGCUUCUUACAGGGAAGUUCAUGGCACACCUUCCAAUAUAAGUCCCAAUCCUUUAGAGUCAAAGCAUGUAUAUUGUGUGGAUGUUAAUGAAGAAAAGCCUGAAAAUGGGAACUGGAGGGUAAGCAGUCGGGAAGAACGGAAUACACAUUGCCGUGAUUUUGAGAGUUCCCAAUCAUCUGUCAUGAAUGAUACUGUUGUUAGGUUUUUAAAUGAUCGACCAGCAAUUGAUGCAUUGCAAAAUUCUGAAAGUUUGAUUAAGAUGGCAGCUCCAAUGAGAACUGAGGAAGAAAAGCCUAAUAGAACAAAGGGAAAUGAGAACAAUUUGAAGGCUUCUGGCAAUAACAUAGGCCAUGAUAUUGAUCCAAAAGUGUUACGGCUAACUGACUCUUCUCCCUCUUCUACGAGUACUUCUAAUUCCCAAAGAUUAGAUAUCUUAAAGCGGCGACAACAUGAUGUCAAACUGGAGAAACUCAAGGAGCGGAUUAGGAAACAGUGGGAACACUCAGAAGAAAUAAAUGGCCGGAGCCAGAAUCAGGGUCAUAUUGACCACCCAGUAAUGGUUGUUAAUGUUGAUAGCUCAGUGACAGCAAAAGUCAGGAAAGUGGCAACAGCACCACCUGCUCCAGCAUAUAAAGGCUUCAAUCCUUCAGAGACCAAGAUUCGAACACCUGAUGGCAAAGUGUGGCAAGAGGCUGAGUUUCAAAACAUGAGUAGAGAACUGUAUCGAGACUUAGCACUUCACUUAGCAGAAGACAUCUCUAUGAAAGAGAAACCUGCUGAAAAAAGUAAAGAGAAGAAAGUGGUCAAGCCAGUACGAAAAGUCCAAAAGGUAGCACAGUUUUCAAGUCCAGAAUGUAAAACAGGUAGCAGUCAUCUGAUAAGUACAUCUUCUUGGCGAGAUGGACAAAAAUUAGUAAAGAAGAUUCUAGGACCUGCACCCAAAAUGGAGCAAAAAGAGCGAAGGACAGUAUCAAGUGACAGAAGUGGAAGAGAAAGAACUACUAAAUCUGGAAGUCAUAUUGGAAGAGCAGAAUCUGAUCCCAGGUUGAAUAUUUCACAUAGACAUCUUCCACGAAACUCAGAACGUUCAAGAAGUAGAGCUCGGUCUGAAAAUAAUACAAAGAAAUUAGCUCGAUCUCUUCCAGAUAAUAAACAGGAGGAAAGUACUGCCUUAAAUAAAGACUUUUUACCUGUUGAAAUUCGUGGAAUUCUUGAUGACCUACAGCUGGAUUCUGCGACAAGGCAAGAGGCAGGAGAUUUACAAAAUCAGAAGUCAUCAGCACCAGUACAAGCUUGGAGGAGUCACAGCCCAAUAAAAAGAAAACCUGACAAAAUAACAGCUAAUGAAGAUCCCCCUGUUAUUUCUAAAAAGCGCCACUAUGACACAGAUGAGGUACGACAGUACAUUGUUAAACAGCAGGAGGAAAGGAAGAGGAAGCAAAAUGAAGAGAAGAAGGCUCAAAAGGAGGCCACUGAGCAGAAGAACAAACGAUUGCAGGAGCUCUACCGGAAGCAGAAAGAAGCCUUUACUAAAGUAAAAAAUGUGCCUCCUUCUGAGCCAUCAGCAACUAGGCGUCUGCAGGAAACUUACUCCAAAUUGCUACUAGAAAAGACCUUGCUUGAAGAGCCGACUCAUCAACAUACUAUGCAGGAAAUACAGACCAGACCAGGGUAUCAGCCAUCUGGAGAAUCUGACAAAGAAAACAAAGUGCAGGAACGUCCCCCAAGUGCAUCUUCCAGCAGUGACAUGUCCCUGUCAGAACCACCACAGCCUCUUGCAAGAAGGGACUUGACAGAACCUACAUGGAUGCCGCCUGAUAGAUUGAGCCCACGUGUCCAUCAUUCUCAACCACAGCCUCUUGUUGGAACAGCUGGAAAUUUACUCUCCCAUCUCUUGAGUCUAGAGCAUGCAGGAUUUUUGCAUAAGGAUUUGGAAUCUAUUUUACCAACCAGGAAGAACCAUAAUACUGCUUCAGGGCCAUUAACUUUUACACCUCAACCGUAUCUGACCUCACCAGCUGCUCAUCAAGAUGCCUUGUUAAAACCUAGUGCCAGCCAAUAUAAGAGUAAACUAGAUCGUAUUGAAGCCCUGAAAGCAACAGCUGCUUCUUUGUCCAGCAGGAUUGAAAAUGAAGCCAAGAAAUUAGCUGGGGCUAACAUUAAUUAUGGGUCAGUGUGGAACACUGAGUAUGAUGUGCAACAAACACCCCAAGAAGAUGGACCUUGGACAAAGGUUAUAAGUCCACCUGUGAAAGAGGAUACUGAAGAUGUUUUCGCUGCCAGAAUUCAAAAGAUGCUAGGAACCUGUGUAUCUCAUGCAACUUUUGAUGAUGAGCUUCCUGGUGUAGGCAACCUUAGUGAAUUUAAAAAGCUUCCUGAGGUGAUAAGACCUCAUAGUGCCAUAUCAAGCUUCAGAAUGAGAUCCCCUGCUCCCAAACCAGAAGGGCUGCUGGCACAGUUGUGUAAGAAGCAGACUGACUCUUCUAGCUCUGAUCUGCAGCCUUGUUCUCAAUUCAAAGCCAAAACGUCUCUUGGUUCCAGCACAGACUCAGUCAGUGAAGGGCCUCUUCUUAGUGAGGGGAGUCUCUCUGAAGAAGAGGGAGGCCGAGAUGGACGGCCCUCUUUGAAGAUAGCAGAAAUCUUAAAGGAAAAGGAAUUUUGUGCUGGAGAAAGAAAUGCUUAUGAACCCAUCAAACAGUUUCAGAAGGAAGCUGAAAAAUUCUUACCACUUUUGGGUCACAUAGGUGGUACACAAAGCAAAGAACCAUGGGAAGAAUUGGCAAAGGGAAGUCCACGUAGUGUCAUUAAUAUUUUUACAAAAUCAUAUCAGUCAUAUGGGAAAGAGUUUGAAGACAGGUUCAAAAGAGGAGCAUCAGCAUCACAGCCCUUGAAUGCCAGUACAACUCCUCUAAGCAGUGUUUCAUAUGAAGAUGAUUUUGUCUCCUCUCCAGGGAGUGGGACUUUGACAGAAAAAAAAUCAGCUCUUGAACCUAGUAUUGGUGGUAGCAAUUUGGGCACUAAAGAAGACCAUUCUAGCAGGAAGUCAGCCUAUGAUCUUUCCUCUGUGGAUGUUACUUCCCAGCAUUCAUCAGGGACCCAGUCUGCUGCAUCUUCUUGUUCAUCUACUUCUUCUAAAGGAAGAAAAGGAAAAAAAGAAAAGAUAGAAUGGCUGGAUUCACUCACUGGAAAUGUUCAGAGCUCACUUCUUGAUGAGGAAAAAGUACACUCUGUCUCAGAACGUGACUCUCAUCAAGAGAAGAAAUCUGAGACCAGUAGCAAACUCUCUGUCAAAGAUUAUGAACAGACUCUUGACACAGAUAGCACUUUGGAGGAUCUUUCUGGGCAUUCUGUGAGUGUCUCCACAGACAAGGGAAGGUCUCAGAAAACUCCAGCUUCUCCGCUAUCUCCAAGUUCCCAGAAACUGUUGCAGUUUGACCUUCCAGGAACUUCAUUAGAAAGAUCUAAGCCCUCAGUUAUAAUGCCUCCAACUAUAGCAGGAUUCAAGCCUAGUGCAGCUUUUCCUGAUAUGAACAUGGCUGCCAGCAGAGCAACUACAGAGAUGAUGACUUCAACACCAGGUUCUAAACGUUUUUCUCCUGCUGGCCUCCAGCAUCGUAUGGCAGCUGAACUGAGUUACUUGAGUGCCAUUGAGGAGUCAGUGCGCCAACUGUCAGAUGUAGAAAGAGUUAGAGGCAUUUCACUUGCUCAGCAAGAAAGUGUAUCUCUGGCUCAGAUUAUAAAGGCACAGCAGCAACGCCAUGAAAGAGACUUGGCCCUUUUGAAAUUAAAGGCUGAACAAGAGACUCUGGAGUGUCAGAGACAGUUAGAAGAAACCCGAAACAAAGCAGCUCAGGUCCAUGCAGAAUCAUUACAGCAGGUGGUUAAAUCACAACGGGAUGUAACUGAAGUCCUACAGGAAGCAACUUGUAAAAUAGCUGCUCAGCAGACAGAGACUGCUCGCCUUACCACAGACGCAGCACGCCAGAUCUGCGAGAUGGCAGAGUUGACUCGAACACAUAUAUCAGAUGCCAUUACUGCUUCAGGAGCUCCCCUACCAACGCUGUAUGACCACCAGCGGAUACAUGCUUCAGACUUCGUGAAGCAACUGAGGACCAGAGCUGAAACAGAUAGGAAAAGUCAAUCUGUUUCACUCUCUCACAAUAAUGAAGGAACCCCUGACUCAAAGCAUCAGAAGUAUUCUUCAUAUGAUAGUUAUUCUGAGUCUUCAAGAUACAAGAAUCAUGAUAGAAGAAGUAGUAGUGGUAGCAGCCGUCAAGAAAGUCCUUCAGUUCCAUCUUCUAAGGAAAAUGAGAAGAAACUUCACAGUGGAAAGACAGAGAGUUCUAUUGAUGAACAGGUUCAGACUGCUGCGGAUGAUUCUCUACAAAGUGACAGUGUACCAUCUCUUCCCGAUGAGAAAGAUUCAGCUUCUAUUGUAACAGAAUAUUCUUUGAAAUUUGAUGAAUCCAUGACAGAAGAUGAAAUAGAAGAAAAAUCAUUUCGAUCUUUACUGCCUUCUGAGAGUCAUCGCAGAUUUAACCUGGAAAAGAGAAAAAGCCAUCAUGACGACUCUGAUGAAGAAACUUCCCCAGAAAAGACUACACUGUCUUCUGCCAAGGAGCUGAGCAUGCCAUUCUCAGGAGGACAAGAUAGCUUUUCUAAGUUUACUAUGGAGAUGGUUCGACAGUAUAUGAAAGAAGAGGAAAUGAGGGCAGCUCACCAGUCUUCACUCCUGCGUCUCCGUGAAAAAGCCUUGAAGGAGAAAACUAAGGCUGAAUUAGCCUGGCUAGAGCAUCAGAAAAAACAUCUCAGAGACAAAGGAGAAGAUGAUAAAAUGCCCCCACUACGGAAGAAGCAGCGUGGCUUGCUCUUAAAGUUGCAGCAAGAAAAGGCAGAAAUUAAACGACUUCAAGAAGCUAAUAAGGCAGCUCGGAAGGAAAGACAACUGAUUCUUAAACAGCAGGAGGAGAUAGAAAGGAUCCGACAGACUACCAUAAAACUGCAGGAGAAGUUAAAGUCUGCAGGGGAAAAUAAAUUGGACUCACAUAGUGAUGAUGAUACAAAGGAUAAUAAGGCAAUCAGUCCUGGUCCAACUGACUUGGAGACCCGAAGUCCUUCCCCCAUUUCCAUCUCCAGCAGUGAAACUAGCAGCAUUAUGCAGAAACUGAAGAAAAUGAGAAGCCGCAUGGAUGAAAAACACUGCUCUCCUGUUCACUACUUCUUCUCUGUCUUUACGUCUCAUCACUGGGCCUCUCUCAGUGUCUGUUUUCCCAACCUCCAUCCCAAAUUCCAGCUGUAUAUCUACAACCAGUUGGUCAGGUUUCUGACAAAGCGGGAGCAAAAACUAAUGCAACGGCGACAACAUGCGGAAGAGCUGCUAGAGUGGAAGCGACGUUUAGAUGCAGAGGAAGCAGAAAUUCGUCAGAUGGAAAAACAAGCUUUGGCUGCCUGGGACAAAGAAUUAAUAAAACCUAAAACUCCUAAGAAAGAAUUGGAGGACCAGAGACUAGAACAGAAAGAAAUAGCAAGUGAGGCGGAAUCUCCAGUACUUUCCUACUCUCAUCUGCACAGUGAAAGCUCUAUUCCAGAAGAAUUAGGCAGCUCUGCUGUUGAAUAUAGACCUUCUGAGUCCAUAGUUCAGGAGCAGCCUGGUAGUCCAGAUCACAGUAUACUUACUGAAGACAUGGUUUUUUCACAAGAACUGGAAUCUUCUACUUCUCCUAGUAAACAUUCACCUCCCAAAAGCUACACGUCUGUGUCAAAGCUGGAGUCCAGCAAAGGAAGUUAUAAGAUUGGAGGGCAAUGUCGUCCACCUGUCAAGUCCCAUCAACCCAGUUACAGUUGGUCAGAUGAGUCAAUAUCUAUGACACAGUCAGAAACUACGUCUGACCAGAGUGACAUUGAAGGUAGGAUCAGAGCUCUAAAAGAUGAACUACGGAAAAGAAAAUCAGUUGUGGACCAGUUGAAGAAGGAACAGAAAAAAAGGCAGAAGGAAAGACUGAAAGCCCAGGAAGCCAGCCUGAUCAAACAGCUAGAGUCAUAUGAUGAAUUCAUUAAGAAAACUGAAGCCGAGCUUAGCCGAGAUUUGGAAACAUCACCAACAGCCAAGCCUCAGAUUAAAACGCUCUCCUCAGCUUCUGAAAAACCCAAGAUCAAGCCCCUUCCACUACACAGAUCUGAAACAGCAAAGAAUUGGAAAUCACUAACGGACUCAGAACGUUCCAGAGGAUCCCUGGAGUCUAUUGCUGAGCAUGUUGAUGCUGCAUUGGCAGGUUCUGAGAGAUCAGUAUCAGAAAGAUCUUUAUCUGCUUAUGCCAGGAGAGUGAUUGAAUUGGACAGUCGAAUAGAAGAGCAUUUUCAGACUUCGUCACCAAUUCUUAGAUCAUCAAGGAAAAUCGGAGCAGAAUCUGGAGAUUCUAUAGAAAAUAUACCUUCAUUACCUCCUCCCAAAGAAUUAAAUGCCCCUAAUAGAAUUCUGGAUGUGUCAGGUGCCAAGGUUGAAGAAGAAGCUAGUCAAAACUCAGAAAUACAAGAAGUAAAAUACGCAGAGUUAGAGGAGAGUACAGUUGAAGAAGACUAUUUUAAACAAUCUAGGAAGUCUGAUGUCUUACUGAAACUAGACCUGGAACAAGGAGAUUCAUCUGAAAUUCUUUCAAGGAAAGAUCUUUCUUUAGAUGCUGUAAAUGUUCAGAAAGACUUAGUUAGCUUAGCCAUUGAGGACCUUGAUAAAAAAGAAUUGAGAGAGAGACAAUCAGAUCAAGAUAUGGAUCAUAGUCAAAACAUCCAAUCAGAAAGAGGCAUUCUUCAACAAAAGAAUAUAAAGGAAAGAGACUUGUCUUUGUCAGAACAUCUUCUUGCUCCUAAAGAGAUAUCAUACUCUGAAGAUUUUGAAGUGUCUUCUGUCAAGAAAGACAUUUCAGCUGAAUUGUGUAAAGGUAACUUUGAGGUAACGUCAUUGUUGUCACUCAGGAGAGACACUCAGUCUUGCAGAGAUAGGUUACAGCCAACAAGAAGCUCUAAAAGUGAAGCCAACAGCUUUGGUACUGAUGGUGAAAUCAGUGAGUGCCUCAGUGAGAAAAGCCUUUCUAUUCAUAGCAAUAUCCACUCUGAAAGGCUGUUAGAACUCAAGUCUCCUACUGAGCUCAUGAAAAGUAAGGAGCGCAGUGAUGUGGAGCAUGAACAGGGGGUUACUGAAUGUUCUUCUUUGACCUCAGUUCCUGUUGCAGAUGAGUUACUUGAUUUCCACAUUGGUGAUAGGGUAUUGAUUGGCAAUGUUCAGCCGGGAACUCUUCGAUUCAAAGGUGUGACUAGUUUUGCUAAAGGAUUUUGGGCUGGAGUGGAGUUGGAUAAACCUGAAGGAAAUAACAAUGGAACAUAUGAUGGCAUUGUGUACUUUGUGUGCAAAGAGAAGCAUGGUAUUUUUGCUCCUCCACAAAAAAUAUCUCAAAUUCCAGAAAACUUUGAAGACUAUGUAGACAUAAAUGAAGAAGAAGACUGUUACUCAGAUGAACAAUAUCAAUACAAUAAUCAAGAACAAAAAGAUGCAGAGGGUCCCACAUUUGAUAGAGAAAAGGAUGCAGUUGAAUAUUUGUAUGAAAAAUCUUUACCUGGUGUGCACAAUAUUGAAGCCUCAGUUGAUAGAAGCCUUAAAAUAGAAACAGACCAUUUACAGGACAUUUCUGAGGUACUUGAAGCCCAUGUUCACCAGCAAUCUCCAGUGGAUUCACUGAUUUCUUCAAAGGAAAACAAAGACCUUGUUUCUGGUGCCACAGAAGAUGUUUCCAUUGCUGUAGAAGACGAUACUUUAGACAAUACCUUUUCUGAAGAAUUAAAGAAGCAACAGCAGAUUACAGAAAAGGACGAGAACCUGUAUCCCGAGGUUUCAGAAAAACUUUCUACCCCACUUCUGGAUCUUUUAACCAGAGAAAAGAACCAGUUGGAAGCCCAGCUGAGGUCAUCAGUAAGUGAGGAAAAAAAAUCAAAGCAACAACUAGAAACAGUCAGCUUACUAACAGACAGUUUACUAAAAGUCUUUGUGACAGACACAGUCAGUCAACUACAACAAAUUAAAAAAGCCAGGAAUGAGAAAAUUCAGCUUAGCAAUCAGGAGUUUCUUGAUGAUCAAAAGAAAGUACCACCCCAAGGCCUAUCUCCAAAUCUUGAGGAACAAUCACCAAGUGUCCCAGGUGACUUCUUAAGGUCUGAAUUGGAUGAUGAAAAAGAGGAGAUUUCUUCUCCAGAUAUGUGUCCCAGACCUGAGAGUCCAGUAUUUGGUGCUAGUGGACAGGAAGAGCUUGCUAAGAGACUUGCUGAACUUGAGAUCAGCCGUGAGUUCCUGAGCGCGUUAGGAGAUGAUCAAGACUGGUUUGAUGAAGAUUUUGGUUUGAGCUCUUCUCACAAGAUCCAAAAAAACAAAGCAGAAGAAGCAAUUGUACCUCUAAUGGCAGAACCUAAAAGACCUCCCCAAAAGCCAUGUGAUACACUUUUGGCAGUCCCACAUACUGCAGAGGAAGUAGAAGUCCUUGUGCACAGUGCCGCAGAGGAACUUUGGAAAUGGAAAGAGUUAGGUCAUGAUCUUCAUAGCAUCAGUAUUCCUGCAAAGCUGCUUGGCUGUGCCAGUAAGGGUCUCGAUAUAGAAAGCACUAGUAAAAGGGUCUACAAACAGGCGGUUUUUGAUUUAACAAAAGAGAUUUUUGAGGAAAUAUUUGCUGAGGAUCCCAACUUGAAUCAACCUGUCUGGAUGAAGCCAUGCAGAAUCAACUCUAAUUAUUUCCGACGAGUGAAAAAUCCAAAUAACCUUGAUGAAAUCAAGAACUUCAUAGCAACCGAAGUACUCAAGUUGUUUAGUCUUAAAAAGGAGCCAAACCACAAAACAGAUUGGCAGAAAAUGAUGAAAUUUGGAAGAAAGAAAAGAGACCGAGUGGAUCAUAUCUUGGUGCAGGAGCUCCAUGAAGAGGAGGCACAGUGGGUGAACUAUGAUGAAGAUGAGUUGUGUGUGAAGAUGCAACUAGCUGAUGGGAUCUUUGAGACCUUGAUCAGAGAUACUAUUGAUGUUCUGAAUCAAAUCAGUGAAAAACAGGGGAGAGUGCUACUUGUGUGACAUCUUGCAAAUAAAUGGAACACUGAGUGCUAAUAUGAGUCCUGGGCCUUUCUGCCUCCUGACACACACCCCAUCUCCAUCAUAGCAAGAAUGCUUCUGGACCUGGUACCUGUUCUCAAAGACUACUGGUUUGGAGCCCACGGGACAAUGCGGUAUAUAUGGUAUUACAGCCUCUGCCUUUAGAGACUGUCCACUGGAUUAGUGUUGGUGUUUAGUAGGCAGGGUUGCACACCUGAUGUGGACACACAGUAUCUAAUACUACACCUCUUGUUAGCACCCCUACUGGGUCUCAGAUGAGGGCUGAAAACACCAGACUUACCUCAUAGCUUAGACUAGGGUAUCACUUCUUGAGUCUGAAGUCAGACAGGAGAGGUAUAUAGAUAAAUGCAUCCUAACAUUUUUGAAAUGUAAUCCUAGUCUGUGAUAGUCUCUAAACAGUAUUAAGUCCUUAACCACUUCUGAAUAGGCAAGUUUAAUAGCAAGUGCCUAUUUCACAUCCUGGAGUUCCUUUCUCUUUGAAGACUAUUCUCUUCCAUUGUUGUAGUUGAGCAGCACCAAGUGGACUGUCAUGUUAACAGAAACUAAUAGUAGGCUUGCUUUCUGAGCACCAUCUAAAGAAUUGUAAAUCUUUGCAUUAUUUUUAGUUUUCUCUAUAUGGGCAUGAGAACAAAGAAUGCCCCCACUAAAGACUGGGCUCAAAGGACCGAUGCAGGGCUGGCUCUUUUGCCCCUUGCCUGCCCCACACUGUUCUUCUCUUCUGAACCUCCGCUGCUGCUCCCAGAAUCGCAGGCCCUCCAGACCAUCUCAGGCAUCCAGGCAUGGCAACAGUGGAAGUCAUUCAUUGGCCUUCAGACUUUCAGCUCCAUCCCUCCCCAAGAAAUCAGAGACGCUGUUACUUGAAUGAUUUAGGAAAUGAGUGUGUGCACCAAAGACAAAAAGAUAUUGUCCGUUGUUUGUGUGCUUGUUUUGUGCUAUGGAACAUUUUUUUAAUUUAUUUUAAGAUAAAUUAUUAAGUUGAAAAUGUGUGUCCCUACUCAGAAGCGAAAGAUUCUUCUUAUAAUACUUCUGCUUCCGUCUUGAAGCUUCUCUGGUUCGUGGUCUUUGCACAGGAAUCCUCCAAUUUUAACAAAACCACACACACAUCAAAGAAGGCAGUUUAAUUCAGUGAAGAAAAGACAGGCUUUUCCAAGAUCACCUGCAGUAGCAGGAAUGAGAUAACAUGAUUGAAAGACACUGUAAAGUUCAAUUCUGCCUCUCUUGUAGCAUUGCUUCUCACAACUGUUACCUGUAUCUGAAAAAUUACCUAAACUCCAGCUGCUACAUUAGAGCAUGUGCGAUGCUCUCAGGACAUCGGUGCCCUGCCUUCCUGACUGAUUCCUCUUCCUCAGUCCUGUCCUUCAAGUACCUAGAAGAAUGUGGAUAAUCUUAGGCGUGAAUGUAAAUGCCUUAAUAUUGAAGGUCCCAAUUAGAAGCAUGAUGUAAGACAUCCACUGCAUUCCUAUUUACAAAUAUCCUGGAAUGUUAUAGCUUCAGAAUACGUUAGAAAAACCCCAAAGAUGGCGUAUUCAUUAAGUGUGCACGUUCGUUCAUUUCUGCAUCUUCCCUCCUGACUUGCCUUUGCGUCUCAGAUGUUUCACUAUGCACACUUCCAUUCCUCUUGAUUUCAUCUUGUCAUUAUGAGAAACUUACCGAAAUAACAUUGGACUGUUUGCAUUUUGCACAAUGACUGGUGUGAUAGCUCUUGACAAAUAAGGAAAGCACUGACUAAACGCGAUUGGGUCUCGGGAAACGCUCAGAUUGAUGUAUUGCCAGCAUUUCUUCUGGGCUUUGAGGUGGAGCUCUGGUCGCAUAGCCAUAGAGAGCAAGUUGACUAAGAGAAGCGAGGGUCGCUUGGGGCUGUUGACCAGUGGAGUGGAGAUGUGCUUCAUGGGGCCAAGGAAAAGCGAAGGCCUUUUCUGUCCGCUUUGUGAGCUUUGGAAGACACACGACAUCUUGUCUAUAUCCGUCAGCCGUUUGUAAGAUAGCGUUGUCCUUACAAUACCUGAAACGUUACAGCUGCUGUUAAUUUUUUUAAAGGAAUAUAAAAACAAUAUAAUAGGAAUAUAGGUUGUUUUUCUACAUCCUUAUAAUUUGGAACUAAAUCAAUUUUUAAUAAGAAAGUUUGUCUUUAUUUUUUGUGGCAUUAUGAUUCCAGAAAAGCAAAGAAAUACUGUAAAGUCUGUGGAGUCAGCAGUCUGGGCUGAGAGUCCCCUGGUAAGAAUGCUGCCAAGAAUGUGGUGGCAGCAGCCCCACACGCUCCCGCUGUCUUCACCGGCCCAGGAGCCCCGGGCUCCAGAUGAGAGUGAUUCCUGACCAGUCCUACUCUUGGCUAAAAAUGAUUAUCCAUAGUUUGGUAGCAGAAAACAAAGGAAUCUGUAAUCAGCAGGUUUCUUACUAUUUUAACCAUUUGGAUAUAAUUGGAAGCGUUAUAAUUGUUAGGGUUGGAAUGAUAACUAUGGAUACCCAGCCACUUGUUCCAUAUUGGGAUCUUUUUAAUCAAGCUCUGCCUCUUAACCAUGAACCUAAAUACUCCCUCUUUGUAAUCUGUGUUCCUCUCCCCACUCCCAUCCUCUUUCACUUUCUUCAUAAUUCCUCUAAGAAAAAGAUCUUUGCAUCAGCAGUAAUAUCUUUUAGAAUAGCACUCAGAAUUUAGUAGUAAACCAACAUAUAGGCUUCAGAUUUAUUUCUGAGUCCAAAACAAUUUGUGCUAUCCAGGGUGCUUAGCUCUGGGUUAAACAAGUACAGGGUAUAGAUUCCCUCUUCAGGUCUAAACAGGAAUUUUUACUCUAGGGAAAAGUGGGAAGAGCUCAAAAGUAGUUAACAAAGAAGGUAAUUUGUUUUUCUUUUAUCUAAAAGAAAAGAAAAUCCCUUCUGUGACUACAGGUCUCUGAGAAAUUAUCUUUCAGAAGAGAUUUCAUUGCUCAUAAGAGUGUUGUGGCCUAUUGAUAAAAACAAUUUUGUUCACUUUCUUGUCUUGAAAAAAAGUGGCCUUAGCUUUUUGCAAUACUUGAAUAAAGUGUGUACUCGCACAGCAUUAGAGACUCAUAACUUUCCGUAAGAAGUUCAAACUUACAUCUUCUUUUACUACCUUAACAAUACUAGUGAAUAAAACAUUAAUUCAAAGAGCAAGUGAUAGAAACUACAAUGAUGUUUAAUGCAAGUUGUAGGAAUUUACAUGUUUACAAAUCAUCUUAAACUGGUUGUGCAGCAAUUCAAUAAAAUAUCUUUGUAUUAUAAAAAUGUGAAGAAAACAAUGUAAACUGAUGUAAAGGAGGUACUGUCAUUUUAAUUAACCUAUGUUUAAUAGCUUUUCCUUCCGGACUUUGCAAAGCCUUCUUGGGAAACACACUGCAAAGCGUUCUCUGGGAGGCCUGGCCUCCGCGUGUGUACUGUAUCGUGCAGACAUGAAAAACAAACCCGUUUACUGUGUAUGUGUAAAUAGCCUGGUCAUCAGGUCGUUUUCAGCCAAUAGUCACAUCCAGUGCAACUUUGCACACAAGACUUAGGGUGUGGUUUGUAUGUAUGAUCUGUAAAAUAACUGGGAUGAAUUCCCAUGUACACCUAUGUAAAUAGCUUUGUUAACUGAAAUGUACUUUAAGAAAAGAUAAAAAUCUGUAAAUAAACUGAUUUAUAAAUUAA